CUAGCAUUUUACAUCAUUUUCACGUCCCCAGUAUUCUACCUCCUUUUCUCCGGGGAGGGGCCCAAUCCUCUAACCAGCCAUCACCAUGCCCAGACUCCCUCCCUCGCCCCCUCUCUCUCAUAGCUCUGCUACUAACCCUUUUCCCAUGUCCACCGCUUCUCCAACAGGUAAAAAACUCUCUCUCUACAAUCUUAUCUCUCUGCUAUCUGCCAACCCUUUAGUCUAAACGUAAAGCAAAAGCUUCUCCUUGAACCAUCACCACCGGGCGUCUGAAUUGGAAUCCUUAUCAACAUCUAGCAUUUUCUUUCCCUAAAAGACAGUUCUUUUCUGUUUCAGGCUGCUGAACGCUGCAUUCUUGUGGCGAUUCAUAGAGGGGCUAGACGUGAGCAAACUCCAGCAAGUGUCAAGGGAUUUUCCAACUCGAGCCUCUUAAUUUCUUGACUUUGGUCUCUGAUUUGUCGCAGAUCUUCGAGAUUUUUCGUCUUUAAGGAAUGUCCUCGGGUUUUCCGAGGACCUAGACUUUCUUUCCCCAGCUUAUAUGAUUUCGGCACCAAUUCCUGUUGGCCCUUAGCAUCUGGAAAUCAUCUGGCGAAAAGCUGUAUAUAUGGGCGUUUCGCCUCUUUAUAGCUAUGGCGAGUGAAGAUAUGUAGCUCUUAAGGAGUAGGGAACCCAGGUAGUUUAGAACUUUUUUUGCCAGUUGAGGGUUCGUGAAACGGCAGCGAUCUCUCAGGUUUUAGGGUUUCUCUGAACUUAUGACUAUAUAGGGUUCGGACUUAGUUUGCUCAAGAAUGGCUGAAGAUAAAUGUUUUGUUGAAUGGAAGGAACUGUUUGUUUCAAAAGAGAGAGGCAAUCGUGUGGUUCAUUACUUCUUGAAGGAUAGUUCAGGGGAAUCCGUGCUUGCAAUUAUUGGCACCGAGAGAAGUGUCCGCCACAUGUUCUAUGUUGUUUCGGAAGAGUUCUUGAAACUAUACGGUGCUGAGACUUCAGUUCACACUGGUUUCAGAUGGAGAUCGCGGAGAGAGGUUGUGAAUUGGCUCACAUCUAUGCUAUCCAAGCAAAAUAGGCAAAGUUAUUACCGCUCAAAAGUGUCUAAAGAUGGUCCUGUAUCCAGAGUCAAUUUUGAACAAAAUGAGAUGGCAGAUAAGGUCCGUCUUGCUAGGAACUUGAAUGGUCCUUGUCCUGAUAUAGUAUGGUCAGGAGAACCAUGGACAUGCGGUAAACAGCUAAAGCAUUAUCCAGGAUUUUGCAGGAAUGGGAUUGCAAUAGCUAUACACUCAUUUGUCUUUGUGAUGGCCGAAAAAGAGAACCGCUACCUGGCAUAUCUGGAGGAUAUGUAUGAGGAUAGUAAGGGUCAGAAAAAGGUUAAAGUAAGAUGGUUUCACUUCAAUCGGGAAGUCAUAGGCGUUGUCGCCUUGCGAAAUCUAAAUCCAAGAGAAGUUUUUAUAACACCAUGUGCUCAAGUCAUCAGUGCAGAGUGUGUUGAUGGUCCUGCCAUUGUAUUGACUAGGGCACAUUAUCAUAAAUGUGCAGCAGUUUUUCCAAGUGACUUGCUCUCAAGACUACACUUUUGCUGUAGGCAGUUCAAGAACAACAGAGUGAAGCCUUUUGAGCUGGCUAAAAUGCGUGGCUAUUUUAAUCAACCGAUUUUCUCAUGUUUCAGUGCUGAUUUUUUUGAAGAUGAAGAGUUUGCUGCAGGAGAUGAAAUAAAAGUUGGAUCUAAAAGGCCUAGAAAUUAUGAAGAGCAUGAGAUUAAGACAUUUGAAAAAUCAUAUCCAAAGAUGAAAAAUAGUUUUUUUAGUGGUAGGGGGUUGAACUCCCACAAACACCUUGAAGGCCAGCGUUGGCAUAUGUUAAACAUUAAGGCUGGUGAAAAGAUUGAAUUUCUAUGCCAAGAUAGCGGAAUGAGAGGCUGCUGGUUUCGGUGCACUGUCCUGGAGAUAUCCAGAAGACAAUUAAAAAUCCGAUAUGAUGACAUAAAGGAUGUUGAUGGUUGUGGUUACCUCGAGGAGUGGGUCCCUGCAUUUAAAGUAGCCAGACCAGAUAGACAUGGAAUACGAAAUUCGUUCCGUCCAACCAUCAGACCAGCACAACCUUGUGGAGAACAAGGCGACCUUAGCUUUGAGGUUGGAGUUGCAGUUGAUGCUUGGUGGAGUGAUGGCUGGUGGGAAGGCAUUGUGACUAAAGACACUUACAAUGGGGCCAAAGGCUAUCAAGUUUAUAUUCCUGGAGAGAGCCUAUUCUUGACUGCACACAGUAAGAACAUAAGAAUUUCAAAGGACUGGGUGGGAGAUCAUUGGGUUGAUAUCGAGAUACCAAAUCCUGAUAUUGUCUCAACAAUUACUGCUAUUGCCAACCAAGAGACCAAGCCCUCCGAGCCUUCUCUUAUUUCUAAUGAUAAGGAAGCCAAUCAUACCAGUUCUCCUACUUUAUUGGACCAAACAUCUAAUGAUAAGGAAGCCAAUCAUACCAGUUCUCCUACUUUAUUGGACCAAACAGUCACCUCAAGUGGGCUAAGCAUAAAUGAUGAGGAAGAUGAACCUGAUUUUGAAGAAAUGAAACAAAAACCAAGUGAUCGUGCUUUAAAGCAACAAGGAGAUGUUUUGUCAGAAACAAUACCAAAUGAUGUCAUUUCAGAAGAUUUCCAUGUGGUCAAAAGCUACGAACAAGAAACUGUAGAUGACAAAAGCAGAGAGGGGUUUGACAAACUUCAUAGUGAUGAUAUGGUUGAUGAUGUUUGUACACCAAUAGGCACUAACGGGUAAAAGAUAGUCUUGACCACGAAGAUAAAAUAGCUGAAUACGGAAAUGUGGUCAAAGAAACAAAGCCGAGGGAACCAAUAACCCAGUGCUUGCGUCAUCUUUGGACCCCAUCAUCAGUGUUCAGUUUGUAUAUAGAGACUAGAGAGAAUGAGAAUGCAGAAGUCUGCACCUCUUUUUUUUUUUUUUUUUUUUUUUUUUUUUUUUUUUUAACUUGAAGAGUCACUAGCCCAUUUAGUUGUAUAGCAAUUUAUCUAGAACUUGAUUGUUAGGAAUAUGAAAAACCCAAGACCGUUACAGCCCUUCAUGGUAAAUGACUAGUUGUCCAUGUAACCCUUGUAACAUGCAGUGGCCUGCUGCUGUUGUUUUACUAUGUAGUAAAAUGUCUGAACAUUUAUAUAUUACUAGCUAGUAGUGGAGUUGUUGCAGGUUCAUCUUGCAGUUAUGUGCCAAUCUAGAUUUGAGUACAUUGCUCAAAAUUGACUAUAAUUCAUGUGCCUGC